AUGACUGAAGAAAACGGGAAUGUGAACUAUAGCGUCUACUUUGAUACACCAGAGGAAACCAUUGAUUUCCCCUCUAUAGUUCCUUUUACUUUACCAGUAGGAAAAGAAUACCAUAUUUUCAUAGCGUACAAUACUGUUGAACCAGAUCGUGACACUGCGCUGAAUAUCGACAGAAUGCUACGAUUACAAGGUUUCAAAUGCUGCCUCCACGAAAGAGACUUUAUUCCUGGAGAACUUGUUAUCAAUAAUAUCAUCCAAAAUAUUGAACGAUCGGUUAAAGUUGUGUUGUUGGUAUCGAAAGGGUUCCGAGCAAGGUCGAACAACUAUUUCCUGGAUUUCAGUAUAAACGAGAUCGAGCACUUUAGGCAAUUGGUUGAAACAGAAAAGGAGAAAAGACAUUAUGUACGAGUUGUUGUUGUAGGAGAACAGGGGGCUGGCAAAAGUUGUUUGGUCCACAGGCUGUUAGAUAAAGGAAUAAAAGAUGUUGUGUCAACGGAUUGCUUGGAUAUACAGGUUAAUGCUUGUGGAGUUGAUUUGGAUACAGCAGAAUGGUGUUUUGUCAAAGAAGGUCAUUUCAGUGGAAUAACACGUCUUGGACAAAAGCUUAAAAAUGUUCAGCCUAACAUUAAUUCUGAGGAAGUAUUGUACAGAAGAAAAGAAACCUCAAACUCAGAUACUCAAACUAUCUGCAAAGUGACAAAAGCAGAUAUAUUAAACAACAGGCCACCUUCUGCAGAAGCGGUAUCAAGAACUGGAAACGAUUUGCAUUGGCAAGAGAGUCUUUCGCAGGUUAAUGUUGUCGAGCCUUAUAACAGACGUCUAGCUUGUGUUUCAUUUUGGGAUUUCGCAGGACAUACAGAGUAUUAUCCAACACAUCAACUGUUCCUUUCACGUACAUGCAUCGUUUUGCUCGUAACAGAUAUUAAAAAGAAAAUAGGGGAUAUCUCAAGAAGAAAUUUAAGUGGGCAGUUGAUCGAUGUAUUGGAACAGCCAAUGGAAAAUGUUGCAGGAUAUAUAGACUAUUGGAGCAGUUGCAUUCAUACAUUUGGUUACACAUGCCCUGGCAGGGAGCUUAGCCCUCCUAUUAUAGUUGUCACUACACACACUGAUGAAAUACAAGAUAACUUAGAUGCUGUCAAAUCAAAGUACAAGGAAGAUCUAAACAACGUAAUACAGAGGGAUGAAAAAAAAGGACAUUUCCGGAGACAUUUCUUUCUUUCUAACACUGAUGAGCGGAAUUACAGUAAAACUAUUCCAAACAUCAGAAGGUACAUCUACGAUAUUUCAACACAACAAGAAAACUGGGGCAUAGAAAUGCCAUUGAAAUGGAUCCCUUUAGAAAAUAAACUUAUCCAGCAUAGAAAAAUGGGUAAAAAUAUAUUAUCGUUUCAAACAAUUAAGGAAAUAAAUGACGAAAGUCAUUGUCUUAUCGCAGAUGAAAGUGAACUCAAAUUGUUCUUGAAAUUUCACCAUGAUCUUGGAACAGUCAUUUAUUUUGACGAUGUACCUGAUUUUAUAAUCCUCAAUCCCAACUGGUUUGUCAAAGCUCUCCGAUGUAUUGUUUCAGCAAAAGACUUUAUUUCAGAAAAUUUACAAUUGAAUUGGAAGGAAUAUGAAGAAUCGGGAUAUAUAGGUAUGAAAAUGAUACAAACAAUAUUCCGGCAAAAGGACCCAGAAUUAGCACAUAAUCAAGAACAUAUCAUGCACUUAUUAGAAAAGUACGAUAUUGUCGUGGAAAUGCCAAAUGACGUUCGCCAAAAAGAAAAUGAGAAGCAGUAUUGUGUCCCUUGUAUAGUAAAAGCAUCUGCUUUUGAUAGUAUUACCAAUAAUUUUGUUGGGCAAGAAAAAACCUCUAUUCUUUGUUUUGAAUAUCAGUUUUUACCGCCUGUGUUUUUUUGUCACCUUGUUGUUUAUCUACUUCGUACGUACAAGUUAAGCAACGAAAGUUCAUCAUCAUUUAAAAAGGCGUUAUACCGAGGCGCAUGCGUGUUUGACCUCGAUACAACAGGAUGUGAAAAGUUAUUCCUUUGCAAAUACCAAAAUACUAUCCAAGUGCAAAUUUGGAGAUGGAACACAGCAAUAACUGAUUCUUCAGGUCAAAGAAUACGCAUUGAUAUUGAAGAUGAUUUAACGUGCAUACAAAGGAAAUACAAAUUAGACUCCUUGAAAAACUACAAACUCAAAGUGAAAUGCCAGUUUAGUGAAAGUAUAAGUCUGGAAGGCAUGGUCGAACUAGACCCCUUAGUCAGCACGGAGUCAAAAUUCUAUUGUAAUGUUCAUGGAUACAAUCAUUUCACAGAAAACAUCAGAAGAACAUGGGCCUCUACCCGAGGAGAGGACAAAAUAUCAAAGUUAACAGACGGAAAUAUGAACUUGAUACGGAUUCAAAAAAUUUCGACAGAAUUGAUGUGUGAUAUUUUAUAUGAAUUGCUACUUCAUGAUAACUAUGUAGGACUAAAACCAAGAGAAGAUAGUGAUAUUACCUAUUUAUAUAGCAAGAUAAGGGAACAAAAUCUGAGAGUACCAUCUAAUGGAUGGGGAGGUCAGCGAUUGCCUAACGAAUCAAUUCAAACAAACACUGGAGACGAUGUCGAGAGAAUACGGUUGACUAGAAAUAGGCUACAGCAUUCAAGUCAGUUUCAAAUGUCUGACAGUGAAUACAACGAAAGGAUACAACAACUUACUAGGCUGACGGAACGGUUUGAAUUUUUGUUACAACCAAGAGAAUCUUACAUUGCUAGGCUAAACAAAAUACGAACAGCUGAAUUAGGGGAGAUAGAUUUAGCCACGUGUAUAAACGUUCUAAUCAAAGAGGUACCUAGAUUUGUUGCAUGGCUGCAUGGUCGACAGCCAAAUUCAUCAAAGAAAAGAAGAAAUUUCUGGCGGCAGAAAUGGGUAUGGAAGAUAGGACUUGGAGUUUUGGGCAUUAUUUUACAACCAGAACGUUCAAUAUUUUCUUGGCUUUUUGACUGAUAUUCUAUAUCAAUUUUCAUAGCAGUCUUUUCGUAAGAGUAGAAAAUACUUCAAUGCUUGUGGAAUAAAUCCAAAAAAUUUGAAUUCAGACGGCCAUAUUGAAAUAUAACAUAAUGAGCAAGUCACAUGUUCGCUCUUUACAUUGUCUUAGUGAUAGCAUUCAGCUAGCAAACAUAAAUUUAUUAUUUGAAGAAUGGAUUUGCUGCUGUGAUUAUGGACUUUGAAUAUUGAUUUUCCUCUAAGUUCAGUAUUUUUGUGAUUUUACUUUUUACAUUCAAAUUUUUCGACAUUUGUCUAAUUUCUUGAAUAGGAAAUGCUUUAAUCACAUGAAGUCAUGAGGUAUCAUUUUAUAACUAUAAAUUCUUGGAGCAAUCAUGGUUUAUCACCUUUUUUUAUAGCAUAGCGCGGUAUACUACUGUUGUCUUUCUUCAUGAAUUUCCUUAAGCAGAAAACGGUGGAUUUAUUCUGGUUUUAUAGCUAGCUUUAUAACCUGUGGUUAAAUUUGCUAUUGUGACGUCACAAAAAAAAUACCCAAUAGCGUCGAAUAAAAGAAAAACAUCUUUUGAGGGGAGAUCAUUGAUCAUUGUAAAAAGAUAGAUAACAUAACUAUCCCAUGGUAUGAAAUCGUUUAAAAUACAGAUUCAAACAUCAAAUGGAACAAUGGAAAUUGAAUCAAUGAUGUGAAUCUGUUUCCACUCUCCGAUAGGAUCAAUGUCAAUAUUUCACAGACAUUUAUAUUAUGAAAUAGUCGAUUGCAUAUGUCUUUUGUUAAGCGAGUUAGGAAUAAUAUUAAAAUAUUAGCUAUUUACACUUUUCGUAUUCGUCUAUUGAGAAUUAUGAGCUUUGUAUUGGUAAUACAUAUGUAUUGUUCCAUGAUACAACCUGUUUACUUAACAAACAAACAAACAUUUCUGAACGUUGACAUGCUCAUCUACGUGUCCUUAACCUAUGAUGAGAAUAUAAUCUAACAUUUGCACAUGUUAAAUUUUGUUGUAGUUAUAAAAUGUAAUUUUGAAGAAAUCUUUUGAUGUAUCUAUGAUGAGUUUAUUUGCAACCACUGGAUCGAUGCCACUGCUGGUGGAGAUUUAUUUCCCCGAGGGUAUCACCAGUCCAGUAGUUAGCACUUUUGUGUUGACUUGAGCUAUCAUUGAUAUGUUCAUAUUGUAAAUUAACUGGGGUUUUUUACUGAAUUUUUGAAAUACUAAGGCUAUUCUUACUCACGAUUAGAUUACAUUAGCUGUAUUUGGCAAAACUUUUAGAAAUUUUCGUUCUUCAAUGCUCUUCAACUUCGUACUUUAUUUGGCUUUUUUAAAACUUUGUUUUAUUCGAGCGUCACUGAUGAGUCUUUUGUAGACGAAACGCGCGUCAAACGUAUAUAUAAAAUUUGAAUUCAUUUAUCUAUGAAGAGUUUAUUUUACAACGACUGGGUCGAUUCCACUGCUGGUGGAUAUUUAUUUCAACGAGGGUAUCACUAGUCCAGUAGUUAGCACUUCUGUGUUGACUUGAGUUAUCAUUGAUAUGUUCAUAAUUAUAAAUUAACUGUUAACAAAAUUUCUAA